CCAAAGUAACUUGACUAGAGACAUACUCCAAAGAAUAGACAAUGCCCGCUUAUCAUUCUUCUUUUUUGAGCAUUCCUAAUGUUCCAACUACCGGCAACUUGGCGAUGUUGCCGUUAAAAACAAAAUUCCGUGGCCCUGCUUAUCCAGCCGACGCGAAUCAAAUGGAUAUCAUUGAUGAGUGUAUUACUCUUUUUCGUGCAAACUGCUUCUUUCGUAAUUUUGAAAUCAAAGGUCCUGCUGAUCGUACUCUCAUUUAUGGAACUCUCUUUAUUAGUGAAUGCCUUGGGAAAUUGACCGGAAUGAGCUAUCGUGAUGCUGAACGUCAUUUGAACAGUCUUGCUCUAGAGAACUUUUCCAUUCCUGGCUCUCCUGGGUUUCCUUUGAAUGCUCUAUAUUCUCCUCCUGUCUCUCCUCAGGAUUCUGAAUUGAUGCGUAGCUACCUGACUCAAUUCCGCCAAGAAUUGGCUUUCCGUCUCUUGUCUCACGUUUAUGCAACAGAAAAGACGCAACCUAGCAAAUGGUGGACUUGCUUUAGCAAGAGACGUUUUAUGAACAAGGCCCUUUAAUUAUGAUGUUUAUGUAACAUGUAUGCUGUUUUUUGAUUUUUAACAAAUAAAUUGUUAUGACCAACCCUUGUCUAUAGGAAGCUGAAGCUAUAAGGUAUCGUCCACAUUUUCAUAAAGAACGAAUGGGAAUUAUAGUAUAAUACCAUAAAGAUAGCAACAGUAGUUGUUUUAAAGAAAAUGAAGCCCUAAUACAUUACUAUAGAUAACUCGUCAUGGAAACAAUUGUUUAUGCUACAAAUUGUUGCAGGUUUGCCUUUUGGAUGCGACUCACCCAAAAAUGUGGGUGAUAUAUCCAUUCCAGCAUGCUUCGCUUGUCUCCCAUAUAACUAGUAGUGGUAGAUUCAUGUUUUAAUACGUUGAAGCCCAUCGAAUCCAUGGCGUAAAAGAGUUGAUCUAGUGUUAGUUCAAUGGUUGGGUUUUCAUGCUGAGAGGCACAGUCGUUUUCAAAGUGAUAAAGCAAAGGACCCAUAUUAAUCCAGUAACCCCCAUCUACUAGACAGUUUUUAAUGACAUCCAAGUAACUCAACACAUUUUUGGCAGUAUCGAUGAAGAAGCAUGUGACGACAACAUGGAAUCUAUUUUCACUCGUCUUGUCUCCGUAUACUUCUAAAAAAUCACCAGCAGCCAUUGAAAAGAAGGCUCCAUGAUUAAGGUACUCAGCGGGCACCACAUCCGGAAUGGCUACCUUUUCUGCCUGAUGAUCUCUAGUAACAUGGUUGGAAAAGGAAUGUAUAUAAGGAUGAAUAGCAAACUCACUAGUUGAAGAC